UGUCAAUGCCUAUGACUGUUCAACCGGUUCAAAACAAAGCAAACAAUUUAAAGGCUUGCGAAAAUUGUCGACACGUCUUUUGAUGCGUUUAGUUAACCAAGACAGUGCAAUCGUUUAUUCUAAAGUUAUCUAAUAUCGAAAAAAAGGUUUUGCAUCAAAAGAUGUCUCAUUUUCGUGAUGUUGUGGCCUCCAUGGUCAAAAGUUUAAAGGGACAGUAUGACCAAAUACUGACUGACACGAUAAAGGCUCAGGUAAGCAGAGCCAUGGUUAAGUUUCAAGUUGAACUGGAUAUACUCGCACAAUAUGUCAAUAGCCAAAAUAUUGUCGACACCAGCCCACUGGAAUUUGACGAUUUCCUUGAAGUGCAGUUGAAUAUAUCUGGAGUUCAACGGCCAGAGGAAGGCCAAACAGCCACAAAUAGUAAUUUGGCUGUCAAAGACCAAAACGGUAAUAACAACAAUACUCAGGGAGUACCCGCUGAUCAAGUGAAACAAGAAAAAACCAUCGCCAAUGUUGUUCACAACCGCCGAAGCAGCACAAUUUCUCCAAUGGUGAGACUCGUGAAUCAAUCGAUGGACGACGAAUUGCUUGGUGGUGACUUCAAAAUCUAUGGUAUGAGUACCAAGAAACCGUUAAAGGUUGCACGUCGAAAAACUGAUGGUGAACCAUCAAGAAAAGUUCGAGCAAUUGACAAUGAAACGACACCAGGGCUUCGCAGCUCGAAAGCAGGGUAUUCGUUGAAGAGAUUUCAGUGCAAAUACUGCCCAAGAAAAUAUCGCGCCAGACAGGGCCUACAAUUUCACGUUAAAGCAAAGCAUCCAAAGGAAGGCUGUGAACCACCGCGAUUUGAGUGCGAUCAGUGUAGUUCAAGUUACUCGUACAUUGGUAACUUACGUAUCCAUCAGAAGAAGCAGCAUCGAAAUCAAUCGGGAACUGGAACGUCAGACGACCACAAAAAAUAAUUGGACGAAGGACUGAUGGAUGAUUUUUUGAUAGUUUUGUUCAUUGCAUUUCGAUUAGAAUUAAA